AUGGCAAAACAUCUCUCACUUGCUUCUGCAACACUUAAGACAACGAUCUACGUCCUCUUGAUAGCUAUCACGGUCGGAUGUGCCAACUCAGCUAGGACCCUCAUGAAGGAGGACGUAGCACCACCGGCUCCUGCGACUGCACCAGAGGCAUCCAAUCCUGUGACAGCACCUGUUCCUGAUGCGGUACCUCCUGCAGUAACACCGGUCCCUGACAUGGCCCCGGAGGCGGCUCCGGCGAUCACGCAACCAAGUAAUGGACCGGCUGGGGUAGGAGUUACCACUAGUAGUGUCACCGUAACACACCCUGACGCAGACCCCCCAUUGUCCUUCUUCAUGCACGAUAUCCUAGGCGGGACAGCACCGUCGGCGAGGGUGGUGACCGGGAUCGUUGCAUCCACCAGUGUGAACGGUAUCCCUUUCUCCAGACCGAAUAGUGGUGUCUUCCCCGUGAACGGAGGAGUUCCACUCUUUAACGGUAACAAUGGCGUCAUCAACAACAAUAACUUUCCAUUCCUUGCUGGCCUUGGCGGCACAACCACCAGCAGCACCAUUGUUCAGAACAACGGUAACAACAACGUGGUCAAUGGCGGCAACAACCUUCCUUUUGUCGCUGCCGGCCAGCUACCAGCCGGAGCAACUCUUCAGAAGCUCAUGUUCGGGACAAUCACCGUGGUCGACGAUGAACUAACUGAAGGACAUGAGCUGGGGUCUUCCGUGGUUGGGAAGGCGCAGGGGUUCUACUUGGCCAGCUCGUUAGAUGGGAGCAGCCAGACAAUGGUGCUCACGGCACUGUUCCAUGGUGGUGAUCAUGAGGAUGAUAGCAUUAGCUUGUUCGGUGUCCACCGAACAGCAGCCCCAGAGUCUCAGAUUGCUAUAGUUGGAGGCACCGGAAAAUAUGAGAAUGCACAAGGAUACGCCACGAUUCAGACCAUUCAUCCGUCCGAUCAACACACGACCGAUGGCGUCGAAACCGUGCUUCAGUUCAGCGUCUACCUCGCUCACUAGUGUGUUUGCUCAAUUGCUCCUUAGAGUGCUAAUACAUCUCUACUACUUAAUCCAUAUUAUCUUAUUAUAGCUUCAAUGGUUGAAUGAGAACUAUCAUGUUGUACACUUGUACACUUUUGCUC